AAACGGAAAACGAUUUCCGAUUUAUUUUUACGCUAAAUAAUUAUUUAAUAAUUACGAAACGGAAUAUAUCAAACAGCUGAUAAACAAAAAUGGCGACUUUGUGGAAGCGUGGGCAUGUGGAUGGUAUCAAAAUAAGAAAAUGUAUUAAUUCUUGGGAAAAUUCUCGAUUCAAAUUUCAGACGACGUCCAGUACAAGUGUUGGACUUUUCAAUGAAUCUUUAAUAAAAGAGAAAAUUAACAAAUGGAUGAAAAGUUACGAAGAUUUUAUUGGACUGAGUGAAAUGAAAGAAACGCAAUUGAAAGUUAUUCAGGCAGAAGAAAAAUUUAUGGAAACACAAGAGAAAAGAAGAGAAAAACAACAAUUUAUUCAACAAAUUCAGCUGAAAUUAAAAGAUAUACAUAAUGAAUUAAACAAAACUUCUAGAGGAGAAGAUAAUUAUUUAAACCUUAUAACGCAGGAACAUGCUAUAAUUAGAGAAGAAAAAGGCCUUUUGGAAGAAUUUAAAAAUUUAGAAAAAGCAGAAAGAGAAUAUUUUUCAGCUCUUUCUUUAGCUGUUAGAAGCAGUCAUGAGAAAGAAAGAGCUCAAGCAGAAAGAACAAAAUAUUGGUCCAUAAUUGGUUCUAUUUGUGGUGCCGUAAUUGGUAUUAUUGGAACUAGCAUUAACAACAGAAUGAGAAUGAAAGAAUUGAGAGGACUUGUUUCCGAAGCAUCUGAUCAGAAUAAGUUACAUCUCCUAGUUAAUGAUUUAACUAAUGUUAUGAAAACACAGCAUCGCCAAGUUGUGGAUUUUGUUAGCGAUUUGAAAAAAUCUUUAAUUUUGCAAGGAAAUUUGCACGAACUGAAAGGAAAAAUAAAUAAUUCUUCCAUGAUGACAGAUGUAGAAUUACCUUAUGAGAAGUUGGAAACACAGACUGAUGAAAUUCUUUCACUGAUUCAGAAACAAGAAAAAAUGAUGGCACAAGAAAUGAAAGAAGUAAAAGUUUUAGUGAACUCACUAAGAGCUUCAAAACCUGAGACAGAUAAUGAAAGUAAUGAUAUACCAGCAAUAUAUGUUGGAAAUGAUGUAGAGAGGUUGUUGAAAGAUGCCGAAAAAAAUUUGGAAUUUAAAAUGAAAAUUAAUUCUUUAGCAACAGUUGCAUUUAUAUAUGGUGCCUUUGCAAUAACUCUACCUAUAAUUUUUCAAUAUUUUAAAAAUCCAUAGAUAAAACUAUGUAAAUAAAUAAAUAUAAAU